AUGAAAAAGCGCAGUCCGCUAAGCGAGCUGCCGAGCCUCCGAUCCCACACCCACGAAAAUUACAGCGACGAACGACAGAAACGGCAGCGCAAAAGUCCUAUCUCGACCGUUCAACCCUCCGACGACCGCCAACUUCCCAACGACUUUCCUUCUCCCUACCGACUCAAGGAAAGACAGCAGCAGCAACAGCUCUCCCCAUCCCCUCCGUUGUCUGCAAUCAUGGCUGCUCUCAACAAGAUCGCGGCCAACAGCCCUUCGCGGCAAAACCCUUCCGAGCUUGAGACCUCCCUCGCAGGUGCUCUCUCGGACCUGGAAACCAACACUCCCGAUCUGAAGGCCGCCCUCAGACCCUUGCAGUUUGUCUCUGCUCGUGAGAUCGAAGUCGGCCACGGAAAGAAGGCUAUUGUCAUCUUUGUCCCAGUCCCCCUCCUCCAGGGCUUCCACAAGGUCCAGCAACGCCUUACCCGUGAACUCGAGAAGAAGUUCUCUGACCGCCAUGUCCUGAUCCUCGCUUCCCGCCGCAUUCUCCCGCGCCCCAAGCGCUCCGCCCGCUCUCGCACCUCCCAGACCCAGAAGCGCCCCCGCUCCCGCACUCUCACCGCUGUCCACGAGGCUAUCCUUACCGACAUCGUCUACCCCGUCGAGAUCGUUGGCAAGCGUCUGCGAACAAAGGAGGACGGCACCAAGGUGCUCAAGGUUAUCCUGCACGAGAAGGAGCGUGGCGGUGUCGACCACCGCCUCGAUGCAUAUGGCGAGGUCUACCGGAGAUUGACGGGACGUGGUGUCAGAUUCGAGUUCCCGCAAAGCAGUGCUACGGAGUUUUAGAGGUCUGAGCGGAAAGAAAAUAAAAAUGUUAAAGUUAAAUUUUCUUCUCUUUUUUCUCGCGCUUGGUUCUUUAAAUAGGAUGUAGGUGCGGGAAACAGGUCUGGGGAGCAGGGUCGGUGUGGAACGCUGGGGUCUUAUUUGUUGCUUUUUCUUUUCCUUUUUUCUCCGGUCAUGGGGGAAGGAAAGGGGCAAUGAAAUAAAAUAAUAAGUUCGGAAAACUUUGUCGUUUUUGAAUGGGAAAUAAAGCGAUGGGUUUCCGCAAUCUUAGCAGUUUUAUGUUACGCUUUUUUUUUUUUCUUUUGUUCCUUUUAUAUAUCAUGUUUUUUAUCCGCCCUCUCACCUACGAUAUCUCUCUCCUGCGUGUUGUUUACAUAAACGAGCUUCCUUAACUGUACGGAAAAUACAUUCACGAGUCUUGAGGAAUUUGAGGAUGAUACCUGAACGAAAAGAGGUGUUGCUGUCCUUGGCACCGUUCUUCCGUACCUUUGGCCACAAUUUGCGACGUUGGACCUGCACAAAAAUGAAAGGAAUGCGACUAGCGGGGCGCACAGGGUACAAACGGAUGCAAAUGCAAAAUUAAAGAUGGUUGGGGAUUGUAAUACCGCCAAUCUGGUAUCGCAUACAAGAAGUGGAAGGUGGUAUAAUAUGCGAGGCACGGGAGUAAACAGAAAGUUAGGUAUCUUGUCGAACAAGUCCGGAAGAAAAAGUAACGAAAAUUCAAGAACGGGAAAAGGACAGUGGUGUGUCUGGAACCAAGCGUAGCUAGUGGCGAUGCCCGUGUCCAGCCCGUUUAAUCCUCCCAAUCCCUAGCACCAUCCAAUAAGCCAGUUCCCUCUUCACCAUCUCCGCCUCCUGCUGCCUCCUUGUAUCAGGUCUCAUACCCAGGUCCUCUGCACCACCUUCAGCCUCCCACUCCACCCGCACAAACACCGGAAUCUCAAUAACAUCUUCAUCUUCUUCCAUUCCAGUCACAUCACUCUCCUCGUCCUCAUCCUCCUCGCCAGGAGCUAAAUCAGGAAGCGACCCCGGCACAACCUCCAUGGCCACGGUCGUCCAGUUCCUUCCCUUAUCCCAUAUCUUUCCUGCUUCGGCGACUUUAUCCAGUCCUGAUCUGGAAGAGCGCGGGUCUUGCGCUGCCGAUGAUGCCAGAGCUUCGUCCCAGACAUCGCUGUUGGCACCCACUUCAAAUUGCGGGCAAAGCAUCGUAACCUUUGACUCGACACGGCCGGGGGUUACUGAUGGGGUAGCUAGGGUGAUACGGAUAGGGUCGAACAUGUGGUUUUUUAGGGUGAUGAGGAAUUGCACGGGUCUACCGGGUUCGAGGGCGUCGAGGUUUACCGGGGGGGAGCUCGCGGGAAAUGGAGGUAAAGGACGCAUGAUCGUGAGUGGAAUGUAGCUGAGGGCUAUUAGACGGAUUCGGAAGCGGGUUGACUGUGGUUUGAAUUCGGGUUUGACGAGGAUGUGUUUGCACGCUUUGCAGCGUUUUGAUCUCUUGGUGCGAAGGAGGACGGGGAGAGGACGUAACUCAUCGACAAAUCUUGUAGAAGGGGGUUGGGAGACCUUUUGCUCCACAGACGCAAGGCCGUCCCAACCACAGUCCGGGGAAGCCAUUUUUUGGAUGAUUGCUUGUUCAGUGUUAGGAUCAGGUAUGUGGAGGCCUUCUGCGGGUGUGAGGGCCUCGCGCAUCACUGGUGGUUUUGACUUAGGCUUUUUGCUACCAGCGCCAUGAAGAUUGCCAAUUCCUGCAGUGUAGAGCGACAUGAUACGGUUUAACGCACUUGGAGAAGAAUAAAAACCUCCUAGUUCGGGUCCAACCAGGGGAUCUGUCGGAGAUGUUGAUGUUUCCGUUAACUGGUUUCUGUAAAAUGACUUCAGAGCAGAGAAACGGGACUCUGGGUCAAUCGUUGCUGGCUUUUCUUCUGAAAAAGCAGUCCCAGCCAAUCUUUCAUCUUGAGAAUCAAGGCCUGUUCCGUCGUCCGGAGAGGUGAGGUUUGCCAGGGGGGAUUUAAUUUCAGGGGAGCUGCGGUUUUGGCCAUUACUUAAUGAGGUAAGCUGAGCACGAAUGUUGGUUGGCUUAUCGAAUUUGAUUCCAAUAUCAAGAGUUGUCCACAUGCAGUAUCCGCAUGACAGUAUCCAAGGUCCGUUCUGGGCUCCAUUGUCGGCGCUCCCAAGAGUUGUGACCGAUAGGGGUGAGGUACAUAUUGGACAGUUAAAGCAAUUGCGCGCGCACCUGUAUAUCUCCUUAGUUUGAAGUUCAUUAUAGGUUCUUUUCUUAGGUUGAAGUAAUUCGCACCUGUUCCCUUCGCUCCUAACCAUACUGCUUGGUGUUUCAAACAAGCAAUUUGGGCAGUACCAACAUACUAUCUCUUCC